UCACACACAGACUGAGUGAGAUAGAGGAAAGGAGGGAGGGGAAGAGGGAGAGAGAAAGAAAGAGACAUAUUGUUAGUUCAUUCCAAGAUAAACUUUAUUCAAGGAACUGUCUGUAAGAUUAAGAAAUCGUUAGAAUAAAAUAUAGACUGAAUAGUAAACUUUCCUACAAUUCCAUCGGUGUUUUUAUUAGGUAGUCUAGUUUAACAAUAAAACCAGCUGGUGGGAGCAAGGUGUCCUACCCCCUGCCAUUCAAGUCUGCCCUUCCCUAACCCUCUGCCCUGAGGCCUGAGCUCUGGGCGUCCAUGCCCACACCCCCAUCUUACUGCGCUGGUGGACAGACACAGGGAUGAGCAACAGUGGGACCAAGGAGCCGUCACCACAGCCAGGCGUGGCCCAAUCACCUGCCUCUACACCUCCACGCAGGGGCCGGGGACGCCCACGGAAACAACAGGAGGAGCCCACUGGCCCCCCAACUCCAAAGAGGCCGAGAGGACGACCCAGAGGAAGCAAGAACAAAGGCCCUCGUGCCACACCCAAGGAAGUAGAGCCUGUCGGGGAGAGAAGACCAAGGGGCCGGCCUAGGAAAUGGCCUCAGAGAGUAGUUCAAGAAGUUGUCCAGGAACAGCAGGGUCCUUCAGAAGAAACCGAGGAGGGCCCCUCACAGUCACAGUCUUUACCCACUGAGGCUUCACCAUCUCACUCUCCAGCCCAGGAAGAGUCAGAGGGGGAAUAGACAAUGUGCCACAGUACUACCUCAAGGUUUGGGCAGAGACAAAGAGGUGUAUACUCUUAGAAAAAAAGGGUUCCAAAAGGGUUCUUUGGCUGUCCCCAUAGGAGAACCCUUUUGGUUCCAGGUAGAACACUUUUUGGUUCAAGGUAGAACAUUUUUAAGUUCCAUGUAGAACCKUCUGUGGGUUCUACAUGCAAACAAUAAGGGUUCUCCUAUGGGGACAGCCAAAAAAAACUUUUAGGUUCUAGAUAGCACCUUUUUUUCUAAGUGUAUAAUCCAACCUCCACUGUCAUGAGGAUCUAAAACAACAGAUAAUAGCCCUGCUUUGUAGAACAGUAGGCCUGGUUGGGUUAUUGUGCCUGGAGUCUAUCCAGCCCUGUGGCUGGGUCAAUCAAUGAUGGACAUAGCUUUGGUCAGUUGAUUGAUUACUAAGGAUUUGGUCAAUGCGUGCAACAAUGCAGUUUGACUGCCCAAACCCUUUCUCAUGAACGAGAUUGGUUGAUGCUGUGUGUUUGUGUGUGCGUGCGUGCGUGCAUAUGCAUGUGUGUGAGCACGUACAUGUGUGCGUGUAUGUGGUGAUAAUGGUGGUGGGAUGGUGGUGAUAAUGGUGGUGAUAAUGGUGGUGAUAAUGGUGGUGGGAUGGUGGGGGAAGGGGUUUAAAAAGAAAAGGAUGCAUUUCAAACAGCGGCUACUGGGACAAGAGGCAUGACCCAAUUUACCUUAUGUCUGUCCUGAUUGUGAAGAAACACAGGGAUAUUUUGUUAGAUAUACAUUUGAAUGGGAAUACAUUUUAAUUUACCAUUAACAUGAGCAGAAAUAAGUCUAAACUCAACAGUGUCCAAUUGACAUGACAUCGGACCACACUCAGGUUUUGUAUUUACCUUUAUCUUCUCAAUACACUCAUUAAAACCUCAGGUAUUUUGCCUUAAUGUAGCUAUGCAUUUAGCUAUUCAGAAACAUGUCAUUCUACUCAGUUAUGAUAUUAUUCUAUUUUAUUGUGUAUUUCUGAUUUGUUUUUUGACAUUCACAAUAUGACUUGACACACAAACCUCAUUCAGACCUCAACUCACCUCAGUCCCUUUACCUUUCAGUCUACCUCAGUCACGGAAAAGCAGAGAACUCUUAUAGCCUCUCCCCAUACCAAAAAAACGAACACACACACAUACCUACUCAGGAUACUCCCAUACGUACUGUACCCGCUAGCCUCACACUCUCCCUCCCACUUCCAUGCUGACAGACUCUUUAAGUGAGUCCCAGCAGAAGCCUUUAGUGGCUCUGAUGAAAUGUCUGUCAUGAGAAUUGGUCUAUCUACAGUACCUAGGUUCAAAAGGACCCAAUAUUUUACUGUUUGCUGUAGUUUUUACUUAGGUUUUAUUUGUUCUAUCACAACCUCUCUGAACCCUUACAUGUUCCCCUCUUAGCUUUUUACAUAAGAUACGUCAUCAUUUAAUUUCAUGUUCUCACUUUCACACUGCAGAUGUGUUAGAUUAACAACCAUACCAUUUGAUGAAUUGAUGUCAGUGACAUGUGAGACAUGAAAUAGUGAGAUAAAAGUUAACAUUUAGUAUUUAGUAUAUGUAGUAUAUACAUUUAGUAUAUGUAUUUCUGGAGAGGAUGGACUUGGCCACAUGCAGUCUUUUUCUGUCAGUUGCAAGUUUCUAACCUAUACUCUGUCUUUUUCUUGUUAAUUCACCUCUUUGGCUGGAAUCACUGUUUGCCAUGUGGACCAGGUCUGAAACGAGUCUGUUUUUGGCACUGAACACUGUCCCAGAGGGGUGGCUGACUGAUUUUAGCUUUGCUUGUCCCAUGCGAUCUUAUGAGACCUAUAGAACAUAUAUCUGCUGUCCACUCAUCUCACUAGGUUCAUAACAGCAUAUCGUACAGGUAAAUAAACCCGAAGUACUGCAUUGUGAUGUCAGUAGAAGUGCCUCCUAACCUAACGUCAUACCUCAGCAAUGUCAGGAUAUCUACUGUCUAUAUUAUAUUGACAGUGUUGCUCUAUGAGCUUACUGAUAUAGAUACAGUAUAUUCAGUGUGUGUGUGUGUAUAAGUACACAUAUCUUAGGAGUUUGUCAUGUGCUUGUUGUAAUGCUUUAUGUACAAGGGCUUUUAAAUAUUGAGUAGUGUAGUUGGGUCCUGUUAUCUUGGAACAUCUCCAGUUUUUAAGCUUUUCAUAUUUUUUGCAACAUUUGAAAAUGUGUCCCUUUCAUUUCAGUCUCCUUGAUCAUACACUUCAUGAAGAUUUAUUUUCAAUGUAAUCCAUUUUAACUUGAAUACACAACUCCAAAAGGGUGUUUUUUAGUUUGCCUCUGAUCUGUCUCGCUUUAUGGUGUGUUUUUGCAUGAGUAUAGAGGUGCUGCUUGGUCUGUCUGUUACCAAUAAAAGUAUCACAUAGCUAUG